CCAGACCCUUCAUCCUCUUCUAGUGUUCGAAUGUGUUCCAAAACAGGGUUAGAAUCACCAGAAACAUCACUGCAACUAACCACAGGAUUUGGUGGAAACUGGCUGUCAUUCAAUUCCUCUCCCUCAGGAGGGCAGUCGGUCCUGCCAGUUACACGUGACGCAGCCAGACGCUUCCAAGAUGAAUGUUACCAAGGGCGGCCUGGUGCUGUUCUCUGCAAAUUCCAACGCAUCCUGCGUAGAGCUGGCCAAGAAGAUCGGAGAACGGCUGGGAAUUGAACUUGGCAAGGUUCUGGUGUACCAGGAGCCAAACAGAGAAACGCGUGUUCAGAUUCAGGAGUCUGUGCGAGGGAAGGACGUUUUUAUCAUACAGACCGUUUCCAAGGAUGUGAACACCACAAUCAUGGAGCUUUUAAUCAUGGUGUACGCGUGCCGGACCUCUUGCGCUAAGACCAUUAGUGGCGUCAUCCCCUACUUCCCCUACAGCAAGCAGUGCAAGAUGAGGAAGAGGGGCUCCAUUGUCUCCAAGCUAUUAGCCUCCAUGAUGUGCAAAGCUGGUUUAACUCACUUAAUUACAAUGGAUCUACAUCAGAAAGAAAUUCAGGGGUUUUUCAAUAUUCCUGUGGACAAUCUGCGAGCAUCGCCGUUCCUCUUACAGUACAUCCAGGAAGAGAUCCCUGACUACAGAAAUGCCGUCAUUGUCGCCAAAUCCCCUUCAUCAGCAAAAAGAGCCCAGUCUUUCGCUGAAAGGUUACGGCUAGGAAUUGCUGUGAUUCACGGAGAAGCACAGGACGCAGAAUCCGAUUUGGUCGAUGGGCGACAUUCACCGCCAGCUGCCAAAAAUCCCGCUGCCAUUCAUCCGUCUCUGGAAAUACCCUUGAUGUUCCCUAAAGAGAAGCCCCCAAUUACUGUAGUUGGCGAUGUCGGUGGAAGGAUAGCUAUCAUAGUGGAUGACAUCAUCGAUGAUGUAGACAGCUUUGUCAACGCAGCCGAAACGUUGAAAGAACGAGGAGCCUAUAAAAUCUUUGUUAUGGCCACUCACGGUCUCCUGUCCUCGGAUGCGCCCAGAUUAAUAGAGGAAUCUGCUAUCGACGAGGUCAUUGUCAGCAACACAAUCCCUCACGAAAUCCAAAAACUACAGUGCCCGAAAAUCAAGACGGUUGACAUCAGUAUGAUCCUGGCUGAAGCGAUCCGUCGAAUUCACAACGGGGAGUCCAUGUCAUACCUUUUUAGAAAUAUAGGAGUGGAUGAUUAAUCCUUUCCGUUUGUCUAUAUAAAUAUAUAUAUAUAUAUAUUUUUAGGAAUUAUACCAAGGGCCAAAACUGGAAUUGUACAGUGUCUCUGUGCCGUACAAACGUUUACCUUAAUAUUUCAAACGAGGCCGUUUUUGUUUUGUUUGUUUUUUUUUGUUUUUUCAGGCUGACCUGUCUACCUGUAGUUUCACCAAUCAAUCAAGUUUUUUUGCUUGUCUUUUUUGCUAAAUUUUUUUGUGAACAAAAUGUCACACACACAAAGAAAACUGCCUUUGUUACAUGCAGUGGGGGGUGCUUAAAGCAGCAUUACUAGUUGCAGCUAAUUUAUUCCAAUCCGAUCGGUAUGUAUCACGUCUCCCUUCCCCCCCCCCCCAGCUAUAAACCUACAGUGAUCAGCUAGUUGUCUUUACGCUGUCUGAACGGUUGCACGUUUAGUUGUAUCCAAUAGAGCAACAAAAGUGAUUUUAAACAGGCAUGUGUGAUGAGCACUCCUGCGCUGCCACAUUUAGCCAAGACAAUAGACCGAUCGCCACAUUUUAAUGUAAAGCCUAUUAAUGUCACGAUGCAAGUCUUAAUUAUUAUUAUUUUGUACAGUAGAUGGGAGAGCCGCUGGCCACUGUGAGUUGGGGUUGCCAGCUUUAAGUUAUUUCUUUAAGACAAACGUCUCGGCCCUCUAGUCUCAGUGGCAGCAGUCAUUGUGUGAACCAAUACUUAGCCUCUAAAUUCACCUCAGUGAUGUCACUUUUUCUUAGUUAAUUGAUUGGCUGCAUAGUUAAAAUAUAGCCUAUUUAUAAUAUAUUGGUUCACUCCACAAAAUGGCAGCCUCCAGUGUCUCUUGGAAGGCUACAAGAAAUGCCAGGAUUAAUGCAGCUCCCCAAACCUUUGGCUCGGCUUUCUGUGGGUCACAUUGUGCUUUUAUUUUGUUAGUGUACCUAGUAUUGCUGCUUUUGCCCUUAAACGUUAAGCUGCAGGCGGUGGUAAGAAGGGGUAGUCUGCUGCCUCAACCAAUGUCCGGGGGCCUGUAUAGCAUUGCUGAGCAAUGUAGUAUGUGUUGAUCAAUAUACUGCAGGCUUUUUGAGCAGCACAAGGGUGUGUAAUGGGUUAAACUGUGGAAAUAUUUGUCUAUGGCUCUGCCCCCUGCGCUGGAGUAAUUGCUGCGAGAGUGGGAGGUGCAGCUUUAUGCAGUGUCUGUGGAAAGGGGCCCUGUACUGAUGCUUUUCCUAGGAAAGCAUACGGAUAAUCUGCACUUGUAUUUAUUUUCUGCAAAAGAGGGAACAUGUAAUAAAAUAUUUGUUUGUGUGAA